AUGGAUACGAUAUAUGCAUAUCGCAAUCGCGCUGCCUUCGAUGGUUUCUUCAGCUCAAUGCACGACGGCGCAAGCCGCGAUCCUGCCUGGGUUCAAACCCUGGUGGCUCUAGGACGGCAGGGCUCUAUCCAACUCGCCCUCACUUCCGCGUCGCUUCUAUGGGCAGUCGCGCGAACGAUCCAAAUACGUCAUGAUGGCUCCGGCAAGACUGUUCCCUACAAACCGAAGGGGAUUUUUUUCUACGAGGUCAUUGGCCACCUUCUCCGCGGGACGACACUGGCGCUUUUCCUCGUCGCCGGAAGCCGAGACAGAAGGCAAUUGCCCAAUGCUGUCGCCGCUGGAUAUGUUUUUCUUUUGGGGUUGUUUCGAAUCAUUGUGCGGGGAAGAACGCGGCCGAUGCUGAUUCACCAGAUCGCACUUGUUUCUGUUCUCACACUUGUCCUGACCGCCGCCGCCGAUUUAUUGCCCCUCAUUGUACUCAACUCGGCUUAUCGACCAAACCUGAUCGCAACGCUAUCAAUUACAGCGCUCGCGUGUACGCUGUUGGUUUCGGGACUAUCACCGCGUGAAUGGCAGCCGCCGCGGGCUGGCGUCGAUGUUCCAGAGGGCUUCACUACGGAGCCAUCAGAGCAGGAAACCCGCAGCUGGAUAGACGAGAAUGUUACGUUUUCGCACGUUGACAAACUUGUUUUCAAGAGCUUCAAAGAUAAGCUCAUUAUGGAUGACAUGCCAAAGAUUCCUUGGCAGUAUUCCCCGGAACUUCUGCGCCGUGGGUUCUCUGCAUUGAGGAAGCAAAAGAAAACAACAGGCCGAACCAUUUUCUAUCUGCUAGCGCCACAGAUGCUCCAGUCCAUCAUACUAGGGAUCAGCUAUCCUUUCUUCGACCUGUGCGCCCCUUUGAGUCUAUACCAAAUCCUCGAAUACAUCCGAGAUCCAGAGGCCGCAACACUGCAGCCAUACGUGUGGCUCGUGGUCAUGUUCGGCGGCCGCUUGCUGCAGACUGUCUUUUUGAUGCAGUUCAUAUCUCUUACUCGUAAACUGGCCAUUCUUUGCACGGUGAUGCUCACCGGUGAAGUCUUUCACGCAGCCCUAGGCUCACGCGAGUUGAACGGUAAUAUUCUUCAAGAUGCGAAAAAGAAGGAAGACGAAGACGAAGCGGCCAGAGAAGGCACAGCAUCCGGAAUGCUGGAAAAUCUGAUCUCGACGGAUAUGAAUACAAUUACGCAGAUGCGCAUUUUCCUCAUGGCAGUGGCGCAAAUUCCCGCGUCUGUCAUGGCUCUCAUUGGGCUGUACAAGAUCAUCGGCUGGCCCAUGUUUGCUGGCCUCUUUAUUGUCUUUCUGAGUGCGCCAAUUGCGGGAUAUAUCAUGAGCUAUAUGAUGCGCUUCGAGGAGAAGCUGAAAGCCUUCCAGGACGUGCGCGUCUCACUGUUGUCUGAGUAUCUCCGGUCCAUCAAGGCGAUCAAAUACUUUGGCUGGGAGGACUCUAUCGUCAAGAGAGUCAAGGAAGUUCGCGCAAAGGAACAGCAGCAGAAUUGGUAUAUUUCAAUGUGCUGGAUUGCCUUCGCACAGGUGACGUCAUUUAUGCCCAUCUGCUCGAUGCUGGCGAUGUUUGGCCUCUACGCUGCUGUUUUGAAGCUGCCUAUGACUGCGUCUGUCGCCUACACAACAGUCACGCUGUUCAACACUGUCCGAGGAAACCUUGAUUUCAUCUCUUCCAUUAUCCUGGAUUUGCCGAGAAUCCUAGUCUCUCUGCGCCGUUUUGACAGCUUCUUCGCCGCUCUCGAACCGCUCGACCGUUAUCCCGAAGGACCUGUCCGGAUCGACCAUGCGACUUUCCGUCGUAAUAAGACUGCUACUUUUUGUUUAUCUGAUAUUACUGUCGAUUUUGUCAGCGACGGGCUUAACACGAUCACAGGCGUCAGCGGGAGCGGAAAGACAACACUGUUGCUGGCCUUACUUGGAGAGACGGUCAAAGAAGCUGGCAGCGUCACCCGGCCCAGAGAUGCGGCCUUUGCUUCGCAGACGUCUUGGCUGCAAGCGCAAUCUAUCCGCGAAAAUGUCCUAUUCACGCUCGAAUGCGAUGAGACCCGGUAUCAGACCAUCGUCAAGGCCUGCUGCCUCGAUGUCGAUUUUGCUGAACUGCCAAAUGGAGAUUCGACACAAGUCGGCGAAAAUGGCACUGCACUAUCAGGUGGACAGCGUGCGAGAGUUGCCCUGGCCAGGGCUCUUUAUUCGUAUGCUCCUUUGCUGAUUCUCGAUGAUAUUUUCUCGGCUCUGGAUACCAAAACCAGCGUCCUGCUGUGGAAUCGCGUGUUCUGCUCCGACUUGAUCAAGGGCAGAACAGUCAUUCUCGUUACCCAGGUCAAUUGGAUCAUGGGGGAAGCCGACUUGUCAAUCACGCUGGAAAAUGGCUCAAUCAAGUCGACUGAUCAGAACAUUGGUCACGUUCGUGCGCCACAAUCUGUGCCAGUGAUCGAUGGCGGGGACGCAGCGCCCACUGAUGAGGUUCAACCGACGUCAAAGGUGGCGGAGGCUGAGAAGCAGAAUGUGGUAGAUGAAGAAGUGGAACAGAGCGGCAUCCUUGGAGGUUUUCCCCUGCUGCAAUAUCUCAUGUACUUUGGCGGUCCAGUCGCUGUCAUCUUCCCACUCGCGGUUAUGCUCACACAGACAGGCGCUGAGUUGGUAACAAAAUACUGGCUGAGUGUUUGGGUUGACAAUACCAAAGCAGAAGCAGAUGACUCGCACAGUAGUCUGUAUUAUCUGUCCAUUUUUGUGGCCUUGAAUAUUGCGAAUGAUGCCAUCAGCCUAGUCUGCUUCUACACCUUCAUCAGAGGCGCAUGGUACGCGGCGAGGACGCUACAUGAAAAAGCAGUCAACGCAUUGUUUAACGUCUCUCUAACAUGGUAUACCACGCAUCCUGUGGGCAGAGUCAUCAAUCGUAUGUCGGGAGACAUCGAGACUAUUGACCAAAACAUCAUUGGUACGGCUUUCUUUACCAUGAAGACCGUUAUCAUGGCACUUAUGAUGCUAAGCGCGAUCACUGUGAUUCUCCCCAUUUUCAUGGGCCCAACACUGGUACUUGCUGCGCUUGGCAUUCUGGUUGGAGUGAUGUACAAUCGCAACGCCAUGUAUCUCAAGCAGCUAAUUUCGGCCAGCCAGUCCCCUAUUCUCUCUGGCUUCUCUGAGGGACUCAAUGGAAUGGCUGUUAUCCGCGCGACCUCGUCUCUCCCAAGCCUCUUCUCGGAAAAGCUAGGCGGAUUGCUAUCGUCGGCGACGCAGGCUAAUGUUUCGCAAAUCAACGCAGACCAGUGGAUCAAGUUUCGAAUGAACACUAUUUCUGGGUUGAUCAACGUCUGUGCUGCAUUCCUGGCCAUCUGGGAAAGCGACAGGUUAUCUGCCGGCAUUGUCGGAUUUUGUCUGUCUCAGGCUACCGACAUCAGCUUCGCUAUUCUGAUGCUCGUGUUCCAGACCAACGAGUUGAAUGUGCAGAUGCAAACGUUCCAUCGCGUUCGAGAAUAUGGCAAGUUGCCACCCGAGGAAGAAUCAUUUAGCGAGACCAAGGUCGAUGCGGAGGUUGCCGACCUCUACCAGACUAUCCCCCCCAACUGGCCUGCGACUGGCGAAAUUGAAUUCAGGAACGUUACGGUGCGAUACAAUCCCGAUGGCCCUGACGUUUUGAAGAACAUCAACCUACGAUUCAACGCUGGCGAACGUGUAGCGGUUGUUGGGAGAACUGGCAGCGGCAAAAGCACUCUCGUCUUGUCCAUGCUUCGCUUCACCAACAUCGUAUCCGGCAAGAUUUUGUACGACGGUGUCGACAUCACGACUCUUUCGCAUAAGAAGCUCCGUCAAGCAAUCUCUUUGAUCCCACAGGAGUCGCAGCUGUUCCAAGGAACGCUCGGAGAGAACCUUGACCCGACAGGAAUGAUCUCGGAAGCUGAUCUGCAAAAGGCGCUCGACCUCUGUCAAACCAUUGCCGCGAUCAGGGCGAGCAGACAGCAGUCCGCGACCUCUUCGGAAGACGGCGAGUCCGGGGCCGAUGCCGCCGAAGGCCUCAGCCUCAAGACUCAGGUCAACGCAAAGGGCGAGAACUUCUCUCACGGCCAGCGGCAGGUGCUCUCGCUCUGCCGCAUCCUGGCGCGGCGGUCUAAACUGAUGCUGCUCGAUGAGGCGACGUCCAACAUGGACGCGGAGACGGAUGCGGGCAUCCAGCGGGUGCUGCGCGAGGCCGCGGCGGAGGGCGAGGGGCGCUGCCUCGUCACCAUCGCGCAUCGCCUGAAGAGCAUCGCGGACUACGACAGGGUGGUGGUCAUGGGCUCCGGCGAGGUGCUGGAGGUGGGCAGUCCUCGGGAGCUGAUGGAAAGGAAGGGCAGCUACUAUGACCUCGUGCUGCAUGACCGGGAUGCCACGGAAUCCGAGAGCAGCUCGUAA